AUGGCAAUGAAGAAGCUCUUUUCCCUUUGCCUUCUCCUCAUCUCUUUCGCUCUCCUCUCGACGACCAUCCGUGCCACCGCAAGGGCACCGUCGUUGACACAGGGUUUCACCACUCAUCUCAUCCACCGCGACCACAUCCACAACCCCAGCAAAGCUCUCGCGCAGCGCUACGCUGAUGCGUUCCGACGCUCCUUUGCCAGGGUCCAAGGCCGUUUCAACAUGAACGUUCCUGUCCCACCUUUGUUCCAUCUCGACACGGUUCAGUCCGACAUCCUCCCGGACAAUGGCGAAUAUGUCCUGAAAGUGUCGAUAGGGACCCCGCCCUACGAUGUCUACGCCAUCGUCGACACCGGCAGCGACCUCUUUUGGGUUCAAUGCCUCCCCUGCGAUCAGUGUUUCCCUCAGAAGAAGCCCAAGUACGACCCGAAAUCGUCUUCCACAUACCGUGACGUUGCGUGCCCGUCCCAGCAGUGCCAGCUCCUGGGCAGCACCUCGUGCGCUUCUCCCUUGAACACGUGCAACUACACCAGCGCAUACGCGGAUUCGUCCCUGACGAAGGGGGUCCUCGCGACGGAGACACUGACCUUCGCUUCCACCACUGGACCACCAGUGACGCUCCCGAACAUAGUGUUCGGUUGCGGCCACAACAACACCGGCGUCUUCAACGACAACGAGAUGGGACUCGCCGGGCUCGCGAAAGGCCCCGCCUCACUCAUCUCGCAGAUAGGCACGUCCUUCGGGGCCAGGCGGUUCUCUCAGUGCCUAGUCCCCUUCCACACCCCACCGACCGUCACCAGCAAGAUGAGCUUCGGCAGCGGCAGCGAGGUCUCAGGCCCCGACACCGUCACUACCAGCCUUCUGACCAUGCAAAACCCGUCCUUCUACUAUGUGACCGUGAACGGGAUCAGCGUCGGAAGCACCUACCUGCCUUUUAACUCUUCUGGGGCGAGCCACGUCUCUAAGGGGAACGUGUUCCUAGACUCGGGGACGCCUAUAACCAUCGUGCCGAAAGAUUUCUACGACAGGUUGGCAGCGGAGGUGAAGAGAGCGGUGGAAUUGACACCCAUAGAUGACCCUCAGCUGAGGCCGCAGCUGUGCUGGGAGGGACGUGCAAGCGAAGGGGCCGGUGCUGACGGCGCAUUUCGACGGCGAAGCCGACGUGGAGUGGAAGCAGACGAGCACGUUCAUAGAGGCUAA